AUGCGUGUCCACGCCCUCUCCGCUCUGUCCCUUGUUGGACUUGCUAACACUGCCGCGGCAACCCAGCUUGACGGACAGCAGCAGGCGACUGAUGAAGACUCUUCCGCCUGCUUGAGCAGCAUCUUGGCGCUCGCAGAGGCUAGCCCCACGCUACCGGCCGCGCUCGAAGCAGCCACGGGCGACUGCGUCCCGACCAAGCUGACCGAGGCCGCUUCCAGCUUCACCUCUGGCGCGAUUGCCUGGUAUACAAACAUCGUCAACGCCAUCAGCGACUGCCCUGCCUUGUCGUCAGCCUCCAAGCUCCCGGACUCUCCCGACUCUCCCGACUGUUCUCCCGACUAUCGAGGCCUACACGGCUUCUGGCAGCGUGGUCGCGACAAGCACCAACCCAACGAGGUCGAACACGAACUCCCUCUCAACGGCUGCCUCGGGAACUGGAUCUGCUACCACCUCGACUCGCUCUCGGCCAACGCUGCGGCUCGCGAGACUGGUGUCAUCUUUGCUGCAGUCGCCAUGGCUGCGUUUGGUGUGUCUGCGCUGUGA